GGACGGUGGGAAAACGUCACUCGGGGGGCUCGUAUUGAAAAUAAGAACAAAACUCCAGAGUGAGAGUAUUAGAGCAUCAGUUUAGGAGGCUCUUUAUUUACCCUUAGUUUAGUUUAGGCGUAGGCAUUACUGAGCACACUGAAAUCGGAUAACAAUAAAUUGGAUGGUGCGCAAAUGGCACGUUUUAGCUCUACGAUAUCAGUUGUAACCCAAGAUUGAGGGAAUAUAUAUCAAAAAGUAUGCUUUUCUCAGAGGACACUAUCGCAAGGCUUUGCAUGGUGUCCAAGGCACUCACUAGAAUCUGAGUUUUAUUUUUUUAUUUAUUUUACGCGUGCAGUUUUUUUUUUAAAUUUAAUUCCCCAUAAGUUCUGAAUUUCAUUGCAGCAGAGAGAGCGAUAAAGGGGUUAAAGAGAGUAAAGCGGGGAAAGUGAAUCAGUAUGGAAGAAAAUGAUCACGGCAACAGAGACGUGGUGGAGCGGCAGGAGUCGGGGGAUGAAUCAAACAGAGCCAUCCUCCCUCUCUUACAGGCGCCGGGAAACCUUCAGAUCCCUCACCGGGUCACCAAUUUCUUCAUCGACAACAUCUUGCGGCCGGAUUUCGGCCGGAAAAAGGACGGGGGCGCAAACCGCGAAGAGAGUAGCCUCGCGUCGCGGGAGAGCCACAACAGCCCUGCCGCCCCUCAGAGCGAGCCGGUGGGAAGCACGGUGCCGGCGGAGGGGACCUCCACCCCGCACACGGUUACGGGGACCAAGAAGCCCACUAUAGCCGCCGAUGAGCCCCUGAAAUCCCGCGGGGAGAACGGAGACCAGUGCCUAAGCUCAGACUCAGACAGUUCCCAAGCCAGCUCAAACCCAGCCCAGAGUCAGCCCAUGCUGUGGCCAGCCUGGGUGUACUGCACCAGAUACUCGGACAGGCCUUCUUCAGGGCCAAGAUCUCGCAAACCAAAGAAGAAAUCGACCAGCAAAGAGGACAAGCGACCACGGACGGCCUUCACAGCAGAACAGCUGCAAAGACUAAAAUCGGAGUUUCAGACAAAUCGGUAUCUGACCGAGCAGAGGCGGCAGAACCUGGCGCAGGAGCUGGGCCUGAACGAGUCCCAGAUCAAGAUCUGGUUUCAGAACAAGAGGGCCAAAAUCAAGAAGGCCACCGGCGCUAAAAACAGUCUGGCCCUGCACCUGAUGGCACAGGGACUAUACAAUCACGCCACCAUCUCGUCGAAAGACGAAAAAUCAGACAGCGAUUGAUUUCCAGAGAAGUCACAGAAACCUCCUAACGAAAAAGAACCUAUAGUAAUCCUAUGAUAGAUUUUUAUAGAGAUAUCACAAAACUCUACCUACAGGAAUAUUUAAUGAUACCACAGCAGAUACAAAUACCACAAAGUUCUAUUACUAUCACUAUACUCGAUGCUGAACCACUACAGAUAGGCUAUACCAAGGGUCCAGGACACCACAGGACAUACAAAAAAAUUCUACACUAAGGCUAAUCGACUGCUAAGAGUCCCUACAGGAAUAUUUAAUGUCACCAUAGGUCUCUAUAUGUUCCUAUAGGAAUAUUAUAGUGAUUUUUCGAUAUGGGAGGUUUUGCCAAGCCUACAAUGCAAUAAUUUCAUCGAAUAAAGGGCCAGUGUGCAGAGUAUACCAGCAUAAAUUGUUUAAAAAAAAUAGAGAGAUAUUUCUGCAAUAUCACGUCUAUAAAAGAUGUUGUAAAAAGGUAUGUUUUCAACGUUUGUCGUCCCCGCCCCCCCACCCCCCAGAGGAGGUACAAAUGCUUACACCCUUCAUUUUUAUAUAGGCCUACUGCUACCCAUGAUUGUCAUCAUUUUACAUUUAAACUAACUGGCACUUGACGUUUCGAUCUGUCAGUGAAGUGAACUGAAGUCCAAAGAAUAUUUUUCUGCUGCAUCCAGGCUACUGUGAAUUUAAAUAAAUGCUAACACGAUUUUAUUUCCAUGCUUGUUGGUUUCCUUGGUUGUGUUUGAUGUAAAAUGGAAAGAGGAAGGUGUUUUUGAGUGUCAGCUGCAGACCUAAUUGGGCAGACAAUGAAUUUUGAUACGUUUUUUAAAAAAUAAAUAAAUUCACAGUUAACAGUUUA